AUGAAGACACUCCACCGUCCUUGGCCCGCGGGCGGGCUGCGGAGGAGAUACUCUACCAAGGAGUAUUUCCAACGCAACCUCAAGUCUGUCGAUGCCUUGUGUGCCCACAACAGUGGAGAAGCGAACCACAAAGUUCUCCCGGUCAAUGCCAAACAAGACACCGUCAAGGCCGCCGCCGUCCUCUUGGGGCUGGGCCUCACCCACCCCGUUGAACUCCUUCAACUCAAACCACUUGCGUCUCAGAACCCAGCUCUCCAGAGCGCUCCUACCCAUCCCCAAGAUGUUACUCCUCCUGAACUUCAAUCCUUGGAACGGCUGGCAACGGGCGAUGCUCUCGAGCCGACAUCUGCUUUGAGAAGACUUCCAAAUGGCGUUCCCAUUUUCAGCUCAGGAAAUCCAGCGGCUCUGCCCAACACAUAG